AUGGCAAAUACGCAUUCCGUCCCGUUGCUCAUCGAUGGCCAAGACGUGCAACAUGAAUCGACUUUUGAUGUUAUUUCACCAGCAACAGGAGAAUUAUGCUGGAAAGCCGUCUCUGCCAGCGCCGACGAUGCAAUAAAAGCAGUUGAGUCCGCUCAGGCUGCCUUUUCAUCAUGGUCCCAAACCAAACCAAGUACCAGAACCGCCAUCCUCCUCAAAGUAGCAGACAUCCUCGAGGCCAAGGCAGAAAAAUAUGCAGACUACAUGAUGGCCGAAAUGGGUGCCGACAGAGGCGCAGCCCAAUUCUUCGUCACGCCUCUCGCGAUCGCCAUGUGUCGGGAUAUUGCCGGACGGAUAUCGAGCGUUUGCGGCAGUGUGCCUGUCGUUGCGAAAGAAGGGCAAAGUGCGAUGGUAUGGAAAGAGCCGUAUGGAGUUGUCCUGGGCGUCGUUGCUUGGAAUGCCCCAUAUGUCUUUGGUAUCCGCUCAGCCGCAACGGCUAUCGCGACUGGAAACACCACCGUCAUCAAGUCGUCCGAAGUGACGCCUCGCUGCUACUACGAAUUAGGCAAAGCGUUCAAGGAGGCUGGUCUCCCCGACGGCGUGUUCAAUGUUGUUGCGUGUAGGCCUCAGGACGCGCCGAUGGUCGUGAAUACGAUGAUCGAACAUCCUGCGAUUAGGAAGGUAAACUUUACAGGCAGUGCAGCGACAGGGAGGAAGAUUGCGAGGACGUGUGCGGACCAUUUGAAACCUAUUCUGAUGGAGCUUGGAGGGAAGAAUACGGCUAUCGUUUUGGAGGACGCGGAUCUAGGAAAGGCGGCGGACGAGUGUUUGGCGGGCGCUUUCUUGAAUGCAGGCCAAAUCUGCAUGGGCACCGACCGUAUCGUUGUUCAUACCUCCGUCAUGUCCAAAUUCACCGAAAUCCUGCAACAACACCUCGAAAGCUUCUCCAAAUCCUCUCCAGGUCCUCCCACCGUCUCCUCGGCCGCCUCUAAACAGCGCCUCGCCGACCUCGUCGCAUCAGCCCUCUCCUCCGGCGCCCGCUUCAUCGCCGGCCCUUCCACACAGCCUUCUUCCCCCCGCAACCUUCCUCCCCACCAUCCUCACGGAUGUUUCCCCAGAAACCCCGCUCUACCACGAAGAAUCCUUUGGUCCGCUCGUCACCCUCUCAACCUUCACCACCGACUCCGAAGCCAUCACGCUAGCGAAUUCCACAGAUUAUGGUCUCCACGCCGCGGUAUUCAGUAA